AUGGGGCCCUGUAGGGCGGAUGCCCGAUACGCAGCCGCAGAAGGCCUAAAGGGUUGCCGGGGCUCCAGCUCGAAGUGCAGGAUUUGCUCCACCGUCGGCCUGAUUUCGGAAAGAGCUGAUCAUGACAACCGCCCGCAAAGCAAGCUAAGCUUGUCAAAUUAUGACAUAGAAAUACGGAAUAAAUGGACCAAUAAUUUAGAAAGAAAGUAUAUUAACUACAUCGAAACUGUAGAUGAAGUAAAGACUAUUAAUAAUAAUAAUAAGAAUUACGAAGCAAAUGAAAUUCAAAUGCGAAAUUUAGAUAUUCAUAGAAAUAAUGUUCAGAGAAUGAAUGCUAAUUCUAAGAUGAGGAAUUUUGAUGUUAGUAAAGAAGUGAAAAGAGUAAAGAGGGAUGAUAAGGAUCCUCGAUGUGAAUCCUUCAAUUAUGAUGACAAGGAGAAGUUUAUAACGCAUCCCCAUCCGAAGAACAGUGGGAAUAAUUACUAUUAUAAUAAUUCUGAUUGCGUCACUAAGAUUAAUGCCACAACAACAGACAUGGUAAUACAGUUGACAUUUGUGGAUGUGUUCCGUAUAGAAUAUCAUCCGGAGUGUGCAUAUGACUACCUAGAGAUUCGAGACGGUUACUAUGGUUACGCAGACCUCAUGGGCCGGUUUUGCGGCCAAGCCUUUCCAAGAACAUUGAAGACGAAAGGACCUAAUGUUUGGCUGAAGUUCCAUUCAGACGACACAAUAGAAUAUGAAGGAUUUAAGAUAAACAUCGAAUUCAAAGAUGGACCGAGCCACCACAUACCGGAAGAAUGCUACACAACGUUUGACGAAGACAAGUUCGGUGUGAUAGACACGAAACAAAUUGACCCACUGUGCACCAGUAACUCCAACCAGGCGUUAGACGUGCUCUGGAAGAUUGUGGUCCCAGAUAACAUGAAGAUUUACCUCAACUUCACACAAUACGGCUUGGCCAAACCAAACGAGUGUAAUGAGAACAUUAUUCAAGUGUUUGAGACAGUCCAUGAAGAACUAGACUCCAAGUUAGCAGAAUAUUGCGGUUCUGUAGCCAACUCAGUGACGACAAAGGACCGCAAUGGUAACGUCAUGUACGUGAGGCUGUACGUCGCGAAGGACGCUCGGAAGGACACAUCCUUCAAGGCCACUUUCAACGCGUAUAGGACUUUGGAUGCUAAUAGUGAUGAUAAAUGUGGCGAUGACGAAUUCGACUGUGAAGACAAUACUUGCAUUGACCUUCGUCUUAGAUGUGAUCAUGAUGCUCACUGCCGGCUGAAAGCUGAUGAGGACAAGAGCAGAUGUGAUGUGAAACAAGAGUCUACAAUCAACCAGCCUCACAUCAUGGUAAUUCUGAUCAUCUUCUCCCUGAUCCUGUCCGGAAUGAGCUUCGUCUUUAUCUUCAAAUGCAUGAGGAAGUUAUACCAGGAUCAUAAGAUUAUCAAGGAGCACAUAAGACAAUCAUGUGAAGAUCGCCUGGACAGUUUAGUGGGAAGUCGUCUGACGUUAGACCCCAAGAGACUACAGAGAGACAGUGAGCCUCGAGUGAGUUUAGAAAGAGAAAACCACAAUAAUGAAAUGGUAAAGAAGCAGAGGAGCUUCUCUUCAAAACAUAAGCAAUCAAGCAUAGAAUCUGACUACCAGGAGACCCAUUUAGACUUAGACGAAGAAAUAUGGAGAAGAGAAGUAGACAGCAUGCCAAUAGAGGAAGAUGUCUCCAUAGAACGAAAUGGAAGGGCAAGGAAAAGCGACUUUAGCAGAAAGGAAGAAUCAAUGAGAAGUAGAACGAAAGAGAGUGAGGACACCAGAGAAAAGAAGGAGAUGAAAGAACAUAAGAGGGAGAUUAGAGAUGUGUCGGUUGGAGCGCCAGAUACUAAGGAGUCUGGGUGCCAGACAAGAGAGAGUCUGUUCCAAACUGAUCCUCCUCCUAGUUCUGAUGGUUCCGGUACCAACAGUCGAGGGUUCUCAACGUUUGGGUACUCCGGAGCCACCAUCGUAAGGCCCUCGCCACCAGCCACAACGAACACAUCAGAGAUCACCAUAGAACUACUCAAACAAAUACCUUCGCAGGAAUCUAAACCAUUGAAGAAAAUACCUGACCGCCGUCCGAUUAGUACGGAGACUACGCGAUCAGCUCCAGACGUCAUCAUUGUGUCAAAACCGAUUCGCUGAGGGUGACCUUUGGGGCCCGCUCCAUGGGCCCCAAAACCCCCUGACUCCUGGUACCCCUUAGAGCCCCGUAUGAGGCCCGAGGGGUCCUACCAACCGCACACUUGCCACCUUGACACGUUUUCAAAAAGCAUGUCUUUUGACAAUUGUGAUGGUUACUACAGCCAAUAUUUUGAUGAGAGACCAAAACUUAUUUAUGAUUACUGUCUUAAAAGUGAUUUUGAGUAUAAGAAGGCCCAGACUUUGCCCAGAAACUUGGGGUCUUCAGUGGACUAUAAGCCUAAAGUGUACCCGCAAAGGAGUGUGUGUUUUUACGGCCUUGAUGACGAAGAGGACUGUCCGAGGCCAAGGAAAACAUUUGUAGUGCACGCGGAUAUCGAACCCCAUAGAUAACAUUUGUGAGGACUUUUAUAGCAUUUUUUAAAUAGAUAAUAAUUAUAAAAA